AUGGAUUGGGGACCAUUUACGUGUGUUUAUCUCAUAUCAUGUUUUGCAUCCAAAGAGCCACUCGAUUAUUAUGAUUAUCCCAAUUGUCCACAACAUUGCACUUGUUAUUCAGCUCUCGAAGCAGGGUAUAAACCUUCGCGGUCGUAUAGUGUGGUAUGUGGUGAAGGGGUGGCCGCUUCUAACGAGUAUAAAAUCUUGCAAAUGGCAGAUACAUUGCUUAACACCGUAUAUGUGGAGCACCUGACACUCCAACUUGAAUUUCGAGACAGGUCAUUCAAGGGGAACUCCAUCAAGAAUUUAGUGCUAAAUGGAUGUGACUUUCUAUACGUGAUGUCAGGGGAAAAGGAUGAAAGGGUCACGAUAUUUGAUGGCAUCGAUGCCUUAUACCUCGAGUGGUCAAACCUGUGGUACUUAGACCUCAGGGAUAAUCAAUUACAAGCCUUUCCAUCGGAAUUAGUCGAUGCCUUACCAGCGAUUAAAGUGUUAAAAUUGGGUCAAAAUAAGAUCCGCACAAUUGAUUCAAAUAUAAUCAAUACUCUACUCGUAAAAUGUCGAGAAUUUUCAUUUGACAAAAUCCCGGAGCCGGGAGACACCAGUAGUGUAUCGAAAGACGACUAUUUUGAGGCCCGACCCGACAUGUGUUGGUCACGAAGUUUCUUCGAUACCCCUCAAGACAUACCGUAUUUUUUCUACGAGUCCUUGAAACAAGUCAAGUGUAAGACUGACAAGACAUCGAAAGUGAAGGAUUUUGCUGAACACCAAUGGUUUGUGAGGAAUAUUCCGUUUAUUGAGAUUCCGGACAAACAUAUAGAAGACGUGUAUUACUAUCGGUGGUCAUCACUGAAGAGACACUUGCGAUACACCAUCACUGGUACGGGGAAUUAUUGUCAAUUAUAA